AUGUACUUGGGACCAAGCGCGGAUCACAAGGCAUGGCGUGUGUGGGACUUGGAGCACGGGAAGCUCGUGGUGUCACGCGACGUGGUGUUGUAUGAAGACACCUUCCUGUCCAAGUCCAUGAACGUGCCCUCGGUCAUCAUCAUCUCUCCUCCCUUGGAUGUCGCGGAUGAGGCGGAUGAAGCUCCUAGGGGUUCUCCUCCUUGUACGAAUGAUGGGGAGAAUGGAUCGGGUGCGGUUGGAGUGAGUGGGGAUGAAGGAAAUGCCAAGGAAAGUGAGCCUUCAUCUCCUCCUCCUCCUAUCACUCCCACCCUCGCAUCCACUCGCACUCGGAGGAAACCUCAUCCCAACUCCAAGUAUGAUGGCUAUUCUCUUGUGGCGGGGGACGAUGAGGGAGGGGGAGAUGCUAUGUGUCUUGAGGCAUACACCGACACCCCGUCCACCUACCAAGGCGCCAUGAGCUCGGCGGAAGCGGCGGAAUGGGAACCGGACAUGAAGACGAAGCUUGCCGCCGAAUUCUCCAUGCGUGACCUCGGCGCCGUCUCCCACUACCUAGGGAUGCACAUCGAUCGUGAUCGAGGGAACAAGACCCUCGCCCUCCACCAACACAAGUACUUGGAGAGUGUUGUGGAUCGUUUCGGCAUGAUCGAGAGCAAACCUACACCGACACCCGUGGAAGCGGGGUUUCAUCCCUUGACCCUAACCACCUUCAACAGCGGCGGCAUGGGCGGCGGCGGAAUGGGCAGCGGCGGAACUGGCGGCGGUGGCAUGGGCGGCGGCGGAAUGGGCGGCGGCGGAAUUGGCGGAGGCGGAAUGGGCGGCGGAGGAAUGGGCGGCGGCGGUAUGGGCGGUGGCGGAGUGGGCGGCGGAGGAAUGGGCGGAGGAAUGGGCGGACCUGGUUCCUCUGCUCCCGGAUCGCAAUCAGCCAUGGGUCCUGGAGGGAACAUGGGUGGCGGCGGAAUGGGCGGCGGCGGAACGGGCGGCGGAAGAAUGGGCGGCGGCGGCAUGGGCGGAGGCAGCAUGGGUGGCGGCGGAAUGGGCGGCGGAGGAAUGGGCGGUGGCGGUAUGGGCGGAGGCGGCAUGGGUGGUGGCGGAACGGGCUGCGGCGGCAUGGGAGGGGGCAUGGGUGGACCUGGUUCCUCUGCUCCCGGAUCACAAGCAUCCAUGGGUCCUGGGGGAGGCAUGCGCGGGGGGGGUAUGGCCGGCGGAGGCAUGGGCGGUGGAGGCAUGGGCGGGUCAGGGUAG